ACUCUACUCCCAGACGGCUAAGUCCACUGGAUGAUUGGAUCUGACAAAAGUUAGUCAGUCCUAUAUAGCCCAUGAAUUGUAUUUCCGGAGCAACUGUUUUGAGUAUAGCAGCAAAUCCUUCGUUAAAAUGGUUGGACUAAAAUCAUUUUUUUGUUUGACUCUGAGGCAGGUGUCUCGGAAAACUUUCUCCUGGCUUAAACCUAUAAGCACCCAAGCCAGCUCACUCCAAUCCACAAUCACGAGACAUCAUCAUGAUCAAAAUACCGCAUUAGAGAUGACAGAUAAUAAGUUCUAUGAGCUGAGGACAUAUAAAAUCAUACCAUCAAGCUUCCCAGCAUUUUUAAAACUAACAAAUGAAAAUAUUCAUCCUAGACUAGAGCACUCCAAGUUGAUUGGCUACUGGACUACUGAUAUAGGAGGUCUCAAUGAAGUCUUCCAUAUCUGGGAAUAUGAUUGUUUUGCUCAUCGGACUGGUGUACGUGCAGCAUUAGCCAAGGAUGACAUCUGGCAAUCUUCAUAUUUCUCUAAAGCAGUUCAUAUGAUGGAUGCUCAGGAUAAUGCUUCUGGAAUGCUGUUGCCAUGGAAACCCCUUCAAGAUAAACCACUGAAGGAAGGAGGAAUCUAUGAAUUGAGAUCUUAUGUCAUAAAGCCAGGUGGUUUAGACAACAUGAAGACACGUAUCAUGAUGAGAGAUGAGUUCUAUUCCUCUAAUGGCUGUGGCAAGUUGAUAGGAGCUUGGAUGGGUGACAUUGGACAUGUCAAUAUGUUCUAUUCUCUGUGGAACUUUGUUAGUGCUGAUAAGAGACUUGAAGCAAGAACUGACUUCUUACAAUCUGAUGCGUGCAAAAGUCUCUCUCCAAAUGAGUUCCUGACGACAGAGAUGCGUUCAAAGAUAAUGACAGCAAAUCCUUUCUCACCACUCAAAUGAAGUCACAUACAGUCAGUAUUUAAUAGUAAUAUAACAUUCAGGGUUUUAUGAAUUUAGGGUGUCAAUACAAGCUUAAUUUCAAGUCAAAGUAUCCUGCAGUAAGUUUUUAAAUUGAA